GGAAAAUAAGAUAGACAAACGGUUACAAAUGCAUUGGAAUGGACUUCAAACCUAAUCUAAUCUUUUACCUUUGCAGAGUCUGGUAUUGAAGAAGUCGAUCCAGCUUGGGUUACUCUAAAUAUAACACGAGCACACUGGCCCUGAAUCAACAGAACCUGGAACUGCGACAAGCAACAUCCACUUACACAAUGGUAAGUGCAUGAGCCUAUACCAGUUGCAUUGGGUAAUCACCAUAAACGAAUAAGGGGAUUGCUUUCACUGAUGGGCUCGAAAUAAUAACUCAAGGAUCACUUGAGCUGCUCUGUAACUUAGAAUCAAUUGUAUGAAAAGGUUUAACAUCUGUUUCGGUCUCCACUCUUCUUAUGAUACAACAUACACUUUAUCCCAGUUUAGAAGGAUUUGGCAGAGGCUAACAUUUCCCCAUGAUCCUUCAAAAUGCUUAUGUGGACCAGAUGUGAUUGCUAUGGUCAUGGCAAAUCGUAUGCUUGUGAGAUGGGCUUUAGAGCCUCCCCAAUAUAUGAGAAAAUAUAAGAUAUUUUAUUGUGAGUGAAUACCUGUUAAAGAGGUCAGUACUCACUCUGAUUUUACCCACCAGUUUAAAUUAGCUAUACUUGAAGGUUCAUCCUGGUGGAAGUUAUCCCAGUUUCAAGAGCCUGAAGUUACCAAGAGUGUAGCUCAUCUCCUUAAAAAGGAUGAUAGUCCAUUGCACCUACCUCCUCUCCCCCACAAUUUUAUCUGGUUCCUGCAAAAUUUUCUCCUUGCAAAUUUACUCAGCCCCUAGAUUGUAAAUCCCCCUUGCUUGGAGAGAUCAGGGACAGUUUGAAUUAAGUAUCUUUUCCAAGAACACAACAUAGUGACCUAGCUUGGGCCAAAAACCCUGGCCUUUUGGUCCAUUUUGACAACUUUAGCAGAAGUCAUUAUCAGAGUUGAACAAAGAGUUGUUGUUAGUCAAGUUAUAAUUGUGGUUAAUGUAAACUGACUGGUGAAUGUUGCUGUGAUUUUAUGGGCUGCAUCUGACCCGAAAAAUAUGAAUUAAAUGAAAUUAAGUUCAUUCAAUGUGUUACUUUUGUUUGGUAUCUUAUUUAUGGUCAAAUGUGUAAAUGUUCCCCCAUUAGGAUGCUAUCAGUAAUACUGUGGACAUUUUCUACAAUUACUAUAAGUGUGACUAUCCAAAAUGUCCACAAGUAAAGAAUGGAUUGAAGCGUCUUCUGAAUGAAAGAUACAGGAAUGAUGUCAAUAGCUUCAUUGACAACUUUGUUCAUCCCACACAAAGUCUUCCUAGAAGAUUGGAGGAAGAGGCACAGUAUAACUUUUGCUUUAAAUAAUAAUUUUUUUUGUUAAUUUACAUUGCAGUUGGGAUGAACUUUGUAAUAAUAGUAAAUAAAUUAUGUAGUGUAAUGAUUUGCUGAGGGUGAGGGCUGAGCCUUGCAAUUACACUGUAUUAAGUGUUAAUGCUAUAAAAUUGUAUAGUUUAGUUGUUUCCAGGGUGACACUGCUUGUUCAAGAUAUAUGAAAAUUAUCUAAGUUUUAAAAGCAGCUCUUGUAGUGCUGUAUAACUCAAGUGCUAUCCUUGCCAAGGCAAUUGCACUACUGUAGUAUAUUGCAACGUUCUGUGUCCAAAUAUAAGCGAGACAUGAAGAAAACUCACCAGAGAUGUAUUUACUGAAAAUCCAUGUAAACUUGGCCAUGUAGCCAAAUGAUCCCCUACAACACAUUUGUUACAUGAAUAUGAGACUGACAAGCAUGACAUUGUGACUUCUUACAUCAUGCACCACAACUACACGAUAAAGUUUGUUUUAAUAUAAAGUGAUGAUGACUCAGUUUUAUAUUUUUCACUGUAGACGUUUCCCCUUUGCCUACCCAAUGGCAAAGUAGUUCUUCAUCUGGUUCCUCCCAUCAACAAAUUGGCAGUUGGGGAGUUCUUUUACCAGGUGGGUCUCAUUACAACAAGUGGUUUCAGUAAUAAUAUAUAUCUACCUGAAUUACAAUAGCUGAUAAUGAUCCACUAUCUGAAAUGCCUACAGUCAUGUAAAAAUUUCUACUUGGUAGUUCAAUAUCAAUAAAGUAUUUUGAAACUGAUCUUGUGACUUCUUUUCUUCUUUUUCACUGUCACAUGUAGGUUGGCCAUACUAAUCCACGCACUUUAGUUGUUAAAUUUGCAAAAUAUGAGCAAAGAGGAACUAAAGUGAAUGAAUUGCAGCACUCAACAGUUCCUGAAGAUGACUAUGACAUUGCCUUCACCAAAGAGUACUUUGACCAACUAAGGAAUGAGGCUCCUGAUAGACUGGGAGAUGUUCUGAUGCGUACCCUUAUUGUUGUGGGUAUUCCAAACUGGACAGUUCAGAGAGAGGGUGUGGCAAAUCACCUUGGGAAUGUAAGUUGAAUUGUGCUAAUUUUUUGUCUAUCAUGUGUGUGAACAAAGUUUCAAACAACUUGCAUAGCAGGUUUAUUAAUGAUCAAGAGAGGGGAAUGCGAGAAACUAUGAAGGAGCAGGGAAGGCUAGGCAAGGAACAUGCAAUAACCAUCUGUUAGAGACAGAAAACAAAGUCACGCUUCUCUUUUGAACAAAUGGAUAAUGGUGGCCUAUCAUUGUUUUCUAAGAGUCUGAAGAUUGCCUACUAAGAAUGGAUUUCCAAAUAUUAGAAAAAGGGAAGUGUGUUGUUUGAAUUAGAGUGCACCAUUGCAUUUUGGUGUUUGUUAUACUUGAACUACUGUAAAAUUAAUGUGAAAUUGGCCACGGUAGAAGUCUACACAACUCUGUGCAAAAUGUUGAGACCAUUUCUGAAUUCUCAGUUCAUAUUGAUCAGUUAUUGAUUCCUAGAGACUUCAUACAUCCUCUAGAGAACUUUGUGUUCCCUGUAUUUUGUGGCAAGUCCAAGGGAAAAAUAGACUUAUGUCUUACCUGAUUUAAUGCAUGUUUCAUUAUAUUUUUUAGCCAUGUCCAUAUCUAAAUAUAUUACAUGAAAUCAAUGGCAAUGUCUUCCUUAGUGUCCAACAGAAAGGCGUAGCAGGUUUAGGUCAGAGUCCCAUCUGUCUGUUCAGGAAAGCUGUGAAGAUGAAUCAAGCACUAUGUCGGAGCCCAAUUCUCCAACAGAAAAUGAUGAUGUUUACUCAUCAUCAGAUGGCACAUUUUUGUCGUCCAGUGGUUGUGACAGAGGAAAAUAAAUAUCUACUAACCUCCUCUUUAACCCCUAAGCAACUUAUUUAGCUUCAUUGUUAGUUUUUAUAAUCAGUGUUUAUUUUCAGCAAAAAGGUACAGAUGAGUACAUGUACAGGUAUCAGUUAACCCUAUAACCCCCAGAGUGACCAAAGCAGAUUUUCUCCUCACAGUAUCGAUACAAUAUCAAAUAGAGAAGUGAUGUGAAAAAUGAAAAAUAUCAAUUAGGGAUGAUUGGUUGAUCUAAUAACAAUUCUCCCAACUAACAUAAUGAGAAUUGUAUUGCAGACAGUAAAGAGAAUUAAUCAUGAGAUCAUGAGAAUGAAAUGCUUAGGGAUGACACAGUGGAGUGACUGAUCAAAUCUAAUUGGAGGCUUUUUUAUUACUUUUUAUGUUACAAUGAAUAGGUUUGGCUAUAAAUAAACCAUCCCUAGUUUAAUUGUCAAAUUCAAAUUAUUAUUUAAAACUGUAUUUUAAGGUUCCAUGUAUUAUUUUCUUUCUAAAGAUGCUACAGGAAAGUUUAUUUACAAUUGAAUAGUUUACACUUGAUAUAAAUAGUUUCUUUACAAUCUCAAUAUAUUAGCCCAUAUUUCAUCUCCAUAAGAAACAGAGAUUUAAGUAUUUUUAUUGGAACUUAGCAAUUUUCAGGAGUUGAAACCAUUCAAAUAUGUUAACUGUAAAACAAACCUUCC